AUGACAUUCCAAAACUGAAAGUCAGCACAGAGGCUUGAGGGGAAAAUUGUUUCCUAAGAAGAGAAUUUUUGCAGAAGUUUAAUGACAGUUUUAUUUUAAAUGUCCAGUUGUUUCCGCUAGAAGUGCACACAGCUGUGUGACAGUGGAGUCAUGCUGAAGUGGAGUGUGUUGGUGUAUAUGGCCGGGGUGAUGGUGGCUCUGCUCCACCUGCAUUACACACACAGACGGAUGCUGACGGAGCUGCAGAGCGUCAGGACCGAGUGCAGCAACUUCUACUGCUAUUACUGCUGCUCAGGGACCUCCAUGUCGCUGGCGUGUGGGAGCAGGAGAGGGAAAAGGGACGUGUCCUCACAGAGAAAAGUGAGACAGAAGAGAGCGACAGAACAGCUAACAUUUCUGCACCUGGUUCCUCUCUCCAAACACUCGUACGAUGAGCAUGAUAAGACUGUUCUUUCCUGGGUAGCUGGGCGUAGCCAUGGGGUGGGGCUUCAGGUAUCCGGGGACUCCAUCACCGUGGUGACCAAGGGCUUGUACUUCAUUUACAGUCAGGUACUCUAUAAGGACCACACCUGGGUGAUGGGUCAUGUGAUCACCAUGCGGCUGAAUGGGGUGGAGACUAAACUGUUGAAGUGCCUGAAGAGCAUGCCGAGCAACGUGAGCGCGCCUCGAAACACGUGUUACACUGCAGGCGUUCACUUCCUGGAGUCAGGAUCAGUUCUGGAACUUUCUGUCCCACGGCAAUCAGCCGAGCUCGACAUCUCAGCUCAUGCCACCUUCAUGGGGCUCUUCAGUAUCUGAUCUUAGGCCUGCGUGUGCAUGUGUUUGCUUCCUGAGUGGGUGGAUUUCUAAAUGAGAAGGAAAUUAAGGAAAGUUCACAAGAACGUUAUAACCGCUACAUAAGACUUUAAACACAUUUGUAUGCACGUGAACACACACACACCAUAACUGUAUUUCUGACUGUGUUUAAUCCUCUCGAGAUGGUAUCCGCUUCAUCUGCUGCUCCAUUUUAGAGGUGAUGGAGACACACAGUGGAGAGAUCAGGAACCACAGAAACAACAACCCCUGAUUUUCAUCCCUUGCACAUAUCCCACAACCCACUGCACGGUUGGGAACUUCCUGUGGCCACAUCCAGGCUGCUGAUCACAGUACAAGAACCGAUAUUGGGCUAUAUAAUCAGUUUUGAUGUUCAAAUUUCGGAUGUUCAAAUAUUAUUACAGGUUUACAUGGUCUCAGACAUUUUUUUUAAAGAUUAUUACUGCUUAAAAUGAUUGCACAUUUACAAUUUAUCAUCAGUGUAAAUGUACAGCGUUAAUGUUGUUGGCCAGAGUUAUAGUGCUGAGGGGUUGGAACAUGUAUUUCAUGUAAACAGUGCAGAGUGAAAGGGAAAGGGCUGUAUGGGUGACAGUAUAAGGAUGAUUGAUUAAAAGCUUCUGUGCUGAUGAAAAAUACCAUGGGACCAGUAACUAAACAAAUAAAACAACUCUAAUAACAUCACAUUUCAGCUUACAGACGAUAUUUGAACAUUUGAUAUUUGAACAUCGAAGCUGAUUAUAUAGCCCAAUAUUGUUUUUUGUACCGUGAUCAGCAGCCUGGGCGUGGCCACAGGAAGUUCCCAACUGCGCAGUGGAUUGUGGGAUAUGUGAAAAGGGUGAAUACAGUUAUUCUGCAUAUAGAAACCAUAACACAUGAAAUAUCUUAAAAUAUCUUUUUGUUUUUACUACAUAAACUGAACAGUCACGUGCGAUCAUUUUUUAUUUUCAUACAUGCUGAAGUUUCUUUUUGAAAAACCUUGAAAUGAAAAAUAAACGUUUAAAUGUUGUGAUUUUUAAACGUUCUGUUGAAAAAAAAAAUGACGUUUUGUAAAAUCUAGCCAAAAGCGUGAGGUGGUUUCAA